AUGGCCAACCUCAGACACUGCCGACCCCAGGAGUCAGUUACACUCCUGGACGAUGUUUCCAACAGCUUAUGCCACAUUGCAGAUGCAGCGGAGCUGGUACGCAACGUCCAUCCAGACGAGGCCUAUGUGGCACACGCUUCCUCGGCAGUGCAAGAGAUUGCAGGGUACAUGAGUGAAGUCAAUCUGGACGCGUCGGUCUACCAGUGCAUGAAGGAUGCAGAGGCAGAGGCUUCCCGGGACAGCGAGGGCCUGUCACUGGAAGCGCGCACAGUGCUACAUCACAUGCGGGUCUCCAUGGAACAUGAAGGUAUUCAUCUCGCACAAGCUGAGAAGCAGGCGUGCAUUGAGAUGCUGGAUGCCGAGCAGCAGCUGGCUUUUGACAUCGUUCAGCGGCAGGAGCAGGCCCGCCAGCGAAUAUCUUCUGGGACGGAUGGAGCCUGGAUUCCUGUAUCAGCACUUGGGAACCUGAGCCUUGACCAGUGGAGGCUAAAGGAGCGUAGUGGGCGUCACGGUAGAGAGGUGCACGUCCCGCGCGACACAUUUCUGGCAGACAGAAUCCUCAAGGUCGUUCCGUGUGGCGAGGCGCGCCGGCAAAUGCACGAGGCGCAACAGAGCCGUGAUUCUGCAGCAGAGGAGAUGAUGGUGCAGCUGCUGGCUGUGCGGCAGCAGCUCGCCAAGAUCCGGGGCUAUCCAAGUUGGGCCCACUACGCACAGCGAGAGGCGCUCUUUCAGAGUCCUGACAAGGUGAAGCACUUCCUGGAGGCAACCUGGGAGCAGCUUCGGCCCGGAUUUCUCGCUGAGCUGCGUGUGCUGGCGGACGAGAAGGAGGCUCUUGGACAAGGAUCCAUCCUGGAGCCUUGGGACGUUCCGUUUCUUCUACACCGCUGCAAAGAAAAGCGGCAGGAGGCGGAUCAAAUCUCCACCUACCUGACCUACGGCUCCCUGAUGGCCGGAGUGGAGCUGGUCCUCUCACGGCUUUUAGGCCUAGCAUUUGUCCAGGAAGACCCUGAUCCUGGAGAAGUCUGGCACCCAUCUGUGCAAAAGUUUGCUCUUCGGGAUGCGGAAAGGACGAUUGGCAUUUUGUACCUGGAUCCCUUCCCACGCCCCGGCAAGAAGGUCCAGUCUGCACAAUUCACCCUUCAAGGGUCAAAGAUGUUGGCAGAUGGACAGCUUCAAGUGCCCAAAACCUGUUUGGUUUAUGCGCUUCCCCCUGGCUCCCAAUGCCUCUCCACGAGUUUUGCAGUGACCUUUAUGCACGAGAUUGGGCACGCGGUGCACUCACUGCUUUCUGAGACUCAUUUCCAGCAUUUGUCCGGGACCCGUGGCACCAUCGAUUUUGUUGAGUUUCCAUCUCAUUUGUUUGAGCACUUCGUGUUGGAUCCCGACUGCCUGGCCACGUAUGCCUCCCACUCAACGACAGGCGCCAGAUUGCCUCAGAACCUGCGGGACGCUCAUUGCCACCGUCCCUUCGGGCACUUUGAGGCUGUCCAGCAGCUGACCUAUGCUUUAGUGGACCAGGCUUUCUAUUCCUUCCAUCCUUCGCCUGAGAAAGAUUUGCAGACCCAUCUCCACAGCAUGCUCGGGAGCUUUGAGCAGGGCCUGGACGGGCCCUCCAAUGCAUCGCUUCUUGAAUUGUUGGGCUUGUCUACAGCAACUGCGCGCUUUGACCACUUGGUUCACUACGGAGGUUCGUACUACUGCUAUCUUUUCAAUCGGGCCCUUUCGGCGCAUGUUUGGCAGCAAAGCUUUCGACCAGAUCCUUUCAACCGUGAGACUGGGGAGAGGCUGCACAGUUUGCUGCGAGGAGGUUCGGUUGUGCAGACGCUGGACGUCAUUCGCGACCUUUGUCCAGGCGAUCCCGCGUUUGAUGCGCACGAAGUUCCGCUGGAUGCGAUGAUGGCGGA